UUUGGCUAUGUCAUAAGCUGUCACAUUGACGAUCGUGUGUAAAUAUGAAUAUUUCAUUAAUAAAAUGGCUUCUGGUAAUUUACGAUUGCCGGUAAUUAUGGUGAAAUGUAGAUAUACAAUACGAUUAUUCGUUAAUAUUUUCUUGAGAAAGAACUCGAGGGAUUAGCAGUCUAUUUAACAAUUUAAAUAAUUGUUAAUAUUUUUCUUCUUCUAAGUCACUGAUCACUAAUCACAAUCGCAGUGCUUGCAGAAAUCCAAAUCUGUGCGUAUUUUGUGUUUAAUAUGGCAUACACAUCACUGCCACAACUUAUCAGCUUAAAUACAUUACCAUCUAAUAAUGUUGAGAAGACUUUAUCUGAAAUAUUACAGUCAGAUCCAGUAAGACGGCUUCUCAAUCAGCCUAAUAUUAUUAUCAAGACAGUUCCAGUGAAUACUCAACCUAAAUCAAAUUUUACAUCAAAUGCUAUCAGCUCAAGUACUGUUGAUAUCUCUACAAGUGUAUAUGGAAAUAAAAACAAUGGUACCCACUCGGAUUUGAGUAAAAACAAACAAUCAGAAUUAACUAUACUUUCUAUUAAAUCAAAUAAGGACGAAAAUGUGGAAGACGAAAAUGUGGAAGAUGAAAAUCUUUUACCUUCAAAAACAGAAGGAAAAUCUGAAAUCUCCUUGCUACCUAUCAGAAGAAAGAAGAAGGAUUGUGGACACUGUGAACCUUGCGAGAACAUUACUUGUGAUGUUAUUGUUGAACAGUGUAUAGAUAACAAUGGAAUAUCUCUUAUGUUAGCUUUUAAUAUAGAAGAAAGUGAAAUAGAUGCACCUGUGUCGAAACAUUGUAAGAACAGUUCUUGUGAUGCAUUAAGUAUCGACCAUGAUCGUUGUCGUAAAGCAAUUAUAAGAUUAAACAGAUUCGAUAAAUAUAAAAUAUGUGAUAUCUGUGGUAUUACAUUGAAAACACUAAAAUCUCGAAUACAUCAUAAAAAUUGCAAAAGGCGGAAUGAAUACAGACAUAAUAAAAUAAAUAGCACGCAACUUUUAAAAGAACGAAUGCGCGAAAGAGAAUUGCAAAUGGUAGAAGAUGCAAAAGCAAAGAAACAAGAUUAUAUGGAUCCAAUAACAGGAUAUAAUCGUGCUAUGGAUUUUUUAAGAAAAAAUGAUGAAUUAAUAAUUAUUCCUAAAACACAGUCUCCUAAUCAAUCUGGCAUGACUGUAACUUCCUCGUCUAACCAAAUUAAUCAGCAACAAACGAAUAACAUCGGUAAUAUCUCUGCAAAUUAUUUACCUAAUAUACCUCUGGCAUUUCCACAGCAAAAUAUAGUUCUAAGUCAAAAUGCAGGUUCUAACGAAACUAAUGCUAUGCAAACUAAUGUAACAUAUAUGCCAAACAGCAUACCUCUAAUGAAUACUUCGACUACUACGAUUCCAAGUCAAUUAAUAACAUUGACUAAUCCACCUCAAACCUGCGUACAAUCUAUAUCAUUGAAUGAUUGGUUGUUAUCGCAAUCUCAUAUUAUUACAGCUUCAUCCCUUAAUUCUAAACCAUUUAUAACUCCUAUUCGUGUUGUACCAAUAACUAACUUAAUAACACAGCCGUCGUUACUACAUCAAACGCAAGGUAUUCCAAAAUUUUGUAUUAUGGCAGAUAAUUCAUUACCAGCUUUAACUGUACCAACUUUAACAGUACCAGCUUUAACUGUACCAGAUAUAAAGCCUGUUGUAUCACCAAAACCAAUAGUCAAGCCAAGUAGCAAUCCAGUAAAAAAUCCUAAAAAAGAAGAAUUACCCAAGCGUAAACGGUCAGGAGUUAAGAAAAAUGUACGAAAAAGAAACCGUAAAAAAGAUUUGAAAUGUAAUUAUUGCAACAAACACUUCAGCACGGACUGGUACUUCAAAAUUCACGUUGCUAUGCAUAGUGGUGAGAAAGCUUUUACAUGUAGAUUAUGUCAAGAGUCAUUUAGUAAUAGAUAUGAUCUAAAAAAGCAUGUAACAAAUGAUCAUAAGGACGAGAGCAUUAGUUGCAAUGAUUGCGAUUUCAUUUGCACUUCGUAUUCAUCACUCGACAAACAUAUGAAAAUCCAUUCACACAAAUGUGAUGAAAAUGACAUUUCAGUUACAACCGUCAAUGAUCUUAAUUCUAAUAAACAGAAAUGUAAUAGUCAAAAAGAAACUGAUAUUAAUAAUACAACGGAUACAGAAUUAGAAGGUAAGGAGAUUAAAAAAGUAGGAAAAAAAAAUCAUGACAAUUCGAAUGAUCUUUGUAAUAAAAGUAAAGAAAAAUGUGUUAAUGGUACAGGCACGAAGCUUCUUGAUGCUAAUAAAAAAAGUAUAAAAAAGCAAGAAAAACAAAAAAAAGUUUCCUUAGGAGAAACUAAUGGCAUUAAGGUAAAUGGUGCUGAUUCUCUUCCGUAAUAAAAUCGAGAAGAAAUGAAAUUUAAUGAGAACCACAAGCUAUAGUAUAAUGUUUGAAUGUUAAUCAUCACCCUGAUAGAAUAUAUUCUCUAUAAAUAAACAAAUCACAUUCCAUGCCAAAACUUUUAUAAAGGCUACAUGAAGCUUAAUGCUUUUAAUGAAAUGAUAUUUCUUUAAAAUAAAUAAACGAUUAAUGUAAACGCGUACUAUGAUUACUAUGAUUAUUUAUUUCAAAUAUGAUUCUGCUGCAAAGAGAGUAAGACAUUAAAAAUUAGUAUUUCUUCUAAAUAAAUCACACAUAUUUUUUCAGCAUGAGAAGCACAUUUACUAAUGGAAGAAAUUCUAAUUUUCUUGAUUAUUGUUAUAGUUAGCUUUGCAGCAGCAGCAGCAAUCCACAGUAGCAGUGGCACGUGCGAUAUUUUUAUUAUGAAAUUAAAAAUUACUAAAUUAUUUUUUUUUGAAAGAGAGAAUCGUAGAAUGAAAAAUGUAUUUUUUGUAAUUUUAAGUAGCCUUUAAUGAAUUACGGAUUAGCCGAGUAUUAUUUAUAAAAUAAGAAUUACAAUUAGAGAUAGAUUGUAUAAAUUGUGUGAACUGUGAUAGAUGGCCACCUUUGCUAAAAUUAUUUACCAUAUAUUUCAUUUAUUUAAAUUUUUAUUUAGAAAGAUAGUAUCCCUUUAUGGUUUUUUUUUUUUUAAAUAAUAUAUUAUUUGUAUGAAAUUUAGUCUUACUUGAAAAUUUUCUGAGAACGAUGCAAACAUAAUGUCUAAUGAUAAAUUUGAGCACAUCUCAUCGACCGGUGUAUAAAUAUUACUCUAAUCAUAUAUACUGAAUAUAGAAUGUUAGUAGAUAUACAUAUCACUUAACGCACAGAUUAUCUAAGUGACGUUUUAUUGGCUUUUCUUUCUCGUUAGUAUUUUUUGUAAUAUUACGAGCAAUGUUCAAACAACUCUAACAAUUUUUAAUAUUUAAAAAAUGUAAAUAUUUUGGUGCUAUUAUUUGACUAUCAUAUAUAAACUAUUAUGAUUUAAAUUUAAUAUUCAAUUUAAUAUUUCACAAGUUUAAAAAUGUGCUGCAAAUAAGUAGUAUAUAAUACAUUAUAACAUAGAUUUUUCUUCCUCCUUACAAUUUAUAUUUUUUGUCGGUCUUGUUUGAAUGCAUUUUAUGGUAUUAGAAGACCAGAACAUAUGUAUUCUCAUAUUUAUGAACAAAACAUAUAUAUAUAUAUAUAUAUAUAUAUUUAAAUUGUAAAAGAUAACACAUGUAAUAUUUUUAUAUGUUUAAUGCGUAAUAUAUAUAUACAAGGAUACAGAAGUGUGCUCAUCUUUCAUGUAUACACUUGUAUAAUCACUUAUUCUUGAAAAAAGUCUUAUAUAUAACAACAAAAAGUAGCAAUAUCGCAACAAAUAUAAGUGUGUUAAUUUAUAAUAUAUACAAGAAAAAAAAAGAAAAAGAAAGAAAAAAUGUACAGCGAGAGAAUGAAUUUAUAAUUUAUGAUUGUAAAGAAGUAUAAAAGUAUAUAUAUAUACAUACCCAUUUAACCCUUUUGUUACAGCAUGCUUCAGCACAAGUAUCGUUUCACGUAUACAAAUCGUCGCAUGGUAAGACCCUUAUAUGGAUCAGUCUUUGCAUAGACAACCCGUAUAUGGGUUGCUAGUAACGAAAGAGUUAAAUGCAAUAUUUUGGCUUAUAUUAUUUCGAUUUAUGUAAUAUAAUUUUGUAAUACUACAAAACUACUAAAUGUAUGACUAAUAACCGAAAGACUAGAAAGAAUUUUGUUUGUAAAUAUUUAAAAAGAUAUUUCAUUGUCUAACGUAGAAAAAAAGAUAUACGAACAAAUUCUUAUUCUAUUGUAAUCAUUAAAAAAUGCAUAAAACAAAGUUUAUGCAUUUAGUAUGUUUUAUCAGAUUCAAAAUAUAUAAACAAAUGUAUACACACGUUAAAAAAUAUUUUUAAAAAAACUAAAGAAAAAGAUCUGAUAAAAUAUCACGUGCCUUUUAAAUCGUAAAUGUUCCUAACAAAUA